CGGUUCCGCGGGCCAGUUUUUUCGGGAUUUCCAUUUUGGGCCGUAAAUGCUCCGCCGCCGCGCUCCGCGUUUUUAUCCCGAGGGACUCCCGCGUCGCGCGCUCCCGAUUAUUGAUCAGUUCGCGCGCGCCUCCUCGAACCGCGGCGUGCGCCAAGUUUUCGGGAAGGAGAAGAAGAAGAAGAGCGGUAAUUAAUCGAGUCGCCGUGCGUUUCCGGUUUGCUCGGCCGAACUCGACCGGUGUGAAAUGCGCGUGACUUAACCUUCAAUUUUUGAGAUCAAUCUUUCGGGCGCAUCGGUGAUCGAGUGGUCUGGGUUUCAGUGCUAAAAAUUACGAUUUUUUUCCUCUUUUUUUUCAGUGAAUUACUACAUCGAACUUGGCCAGUCCUCAUUUCCGGUGUGAAAUAAAUGACUUAACCUCAAAUGUCUGCGGAAUAAAUCUUCGGAGCGCAUCGUCAGCCAAUGAUCUGAAUAUCAGUGCCGAAAAUUUCGAUUUUGUUUUCUUUUUUUCCCCUCGGUGGAUCAAACCGACGACAUCGAACUUGGCCAGUUUUCGCUUCCGUUGUGAGAUAAAUGACUUAACCUCAAAGUUUGACGGAAUAAAUCUUUGAAUUGCAGUGAUACGAAACAAGUGAUCUUAUUAUCAGUGAUAAAAAUCCCAACAUUUUUUCUUUAAGCCAAAUUUACUAUACCAAACUUGCCCGGUCGGAGUUUGGUGUAAAAUACUUCAAACUUGACCUUCAGUGUUACAAUUCAAAGCACGAAAUCUGAAGAAUACUUAAAAUUAAAGUGAUCUGAUCAAGUGUUUUCCUGCGCUCGCUUACGCUUUUACCGAUUUGUGAGAAUUUUUAUUUUUUUAAUUUUUAUUUUUUUACUCAUUUGUCUAUUCAUUUAUUUUAUUCUUUCACCGAAAAGUAACUCUUCCAACUUACGAAAAAAAUUCCUCUCAACGUGGUUUUAUGACGGUCCUCGCGCGUACUUGUGGAUAAUUAUUCCUAAAGAAUGCGGUGCCCAUCUUGAAUCGCGGGCGUAUUGCUAAACGGAUCGAGUUUUUUUUCGCGUGUAUGUUGGGUAUUUUUGGCAGGCAUGUCUUAACAAUGGAAUCCAACAUGGACGCAAAAGUUCCCUGCUCCACCGCACGAGAGAAUUCACUGUCACACCCCUGAAAAAUUUAAUGGCUUCUAUUCCUCCGAUGAAGGAGGAGAGCGUGGGGCUGCGGAGCUGAGCCGGGGGCGGCGAUAGGAUGUGAAGUCGAGGAAUGCUGAAAGAUCAGCACGAAGGAUCAGCGAGCCCGGGUCCAUCACCGACGGUCGUGUGUGCAGGAUGUGAGCAGCGGAUCGUGGAGCGAUUCUACUUGCUGGCCGCCGAUCGGCAGUGGCACGUCGCUUGUCUCCAGUGCUCCCAGUGCAAACUCCCCCUCGACGCCCAACUCACCUGCUUCUCCAGACACGGGAAUAUCUACUGCAAGGAUGAUUACUACAGGCUGUUCGCGGUGAAGCGUUGCGGGAAAUGCCAGGCCGGGAUCGCCUCGAACGAGCUGGUGAUGCGGGCCCGGGACGAGGUGUACCACCUGCACUGCUUCGCGUGCGCCUCCUGCGGGGUGCUCCUGACCAAAGGCGACCACUUCGGGAUGCGCGACGGCCUCGUCUACUGCCGGCCCCACUACGAGAUCCUCCGGCACAGGGACUACUGCGGCCCGGUCGAGCUCGAGGCCCUGUCGCCCUCCCACUGGACCGGCGGCGGCGGCACCACCGGCGGACUCCCCAACGUCCAGAAGGGACGACCCCGCAAGCGAAAGCUCAACUCCCCGUCCAGCGAUGACGCCGACAUCACGCUCAACAUGCAGCUCAACAGCGGCGCUCUCGAGAUGAUUCACUCGGGCGAUUUGUCUUCUUCGAUGGAGUCGUUGAGCUACGAUUCAUCGGUGACGUCGCCUGGAGCGGUGCACGGGAUACAGCAGCGAACGAAGCGAAUGCGAACCUCCUUCAAGCACCAUCAGCUCCGAACCAUGAAGUCCUACUUCAAUAUCAAUCAAAACCCCGAUGCCAAAGAUUUAAAGCAAUUAGCCCAAAAAACAGGAUUAUCCAAACGAGUCCUCCAGGUGUGGUUCCAGAACGCGCGCGCCAAGUGGAGGCGGAACAUCAUGCGGCAAGAGAACGGUCAGUCGGGCGGUCUGUCGGCGCAAACGGGUAACGGGGGCGGCGGCGUGGGGCCCGGCGGGGGCGCCCCUCCCUCAGUCGCCCCCUCCGCUGUCCUCCUCAGGGAUUCCGCCGCCCUCGACGACAUCUACAGGCACCACGCUCAAACCACUCAAACCCUCAACUUCGCCGACAUCGAUUGAGCUCCUCGCUCCAUGACUAGCUCAUUGUUUAAGGAUGCGGAUUUCUAGGGAAACAAUCGAUUCUGGACUAAAAAUCGAUUUAAGCCGGUUCGAUUUUGGUCUAAAAGCUAUUCAAGCCGGAUUCAUUUAGGUGCUUCAAUUAAUUUAUCUGAAUUUCGAUCUAUAAAUAUCAAUUUGUAAGAAACAAUCGAUUCUGAAGUAAAAAUCUAUUUAAGCCGGUUCGAUUUUGGUAUAAAAAGCUAAUCAAGCCGGAUUCAUUUAGGUAUAUAAAUCAAUUUGUCUGUAUUUCGAUUUGUAAAAAUUGAUUUGUCUGAAUUUCGAUUCUUACAUAUCGAUUUUUCUGAAGUUCGAUUCCUAAUUAUCGAUUUUUUCUGCUCCUACUCUCUCCUUAAGCAUUGGUAGAUCCAAAAAGUUGACAAGAUCAUUUUUUCUCCAUUCAAACCUAUGGUAAAUGUAGCGAUUUUUAGGGACGAGAGGUGUUCCGACAAGGCUUGAUUGGUCUAAAUGGAAGAAAUCCGGUGUUGCCAACUUGCUAGAUUCGCCUCUGUCGUUACGCUAAGAGCUAUAAAUUUAAUAAUUUAAAAUUAUCUAAAUUUUGUAUGAUUAUGAAUAUAGCCAAAUACCGCAAAAUUACAUUGAUUCAAAGAAAAAAUCGGCAAAUUGGAGUUUAAACAAUCGAUUUGAUUGAAUCGCCUUUUCUGAUCAAAAGAAAAAAAUCGAUUUUUUUGGUUAAAUUGAAUGAAAUCCGCACCCGUAUGGCGUUGUUCUAUUACCUUUAAGUCGAUCUGCGUUGAUCUACCUGUAAUUUAUUAAUGAUACUCACUUUCGUGUAUUUUUUAAA